AUGCCUAGGUCUCCCCUAAUACAACCGACCAGAUCACUUCUGGAAAGCGGAGAAAGGCGGUCCGUCUCAGAAGCGUCGCCCUCGCUCAAGGCGCGCGGCCUGCGGCUGAAGAAACUGCGCUCAAGACCGCCGCUCAAACGGUUGGCGUCCACAACGAACAAACUUGUGUUUUCGGUCGAUGACGACAUCCACGACAACUUGGACGAGGAGCCCGGCGAAGACGAGUCCCGGGAGAAGAAGUACUUCGAAGGAUACAAGGACGCGUUGCGCGACCUCAUCACACAACGGAAAAACAAGCUCAUUGAGGCUUCGGGUGGACCUAGUCUUCCCGGCAGCAGCGCCGUCUCGGACUUGGACCUGGUGCUCAACCAGGCGGCGGCAGACACGCUUGAAGAGGAGAGAUUGACGUCCGAGAGCCGCUUGGACCAGCAGAAUACAGAUGUAGACGACGUAGCUUCCGUAGACCUGAAUAGCUCGCUGAAAACGAUGGAGUCGCUCGACCUCAAGGCGCGGCAGGAGGCCAUCAACUCGACGCACCCGUUCGGUAUCAAGAUCUGGAAGCCCUCUGUGUAUAAAAAGAUCCGGUCGGUCGCUGCACGGGCUGAGGAAGAUAUCCACGAUUACGACCCCAAAAAACCUACCGGCCCGAUCUACUUCGGCAUCCACCUCACCAACUUCUUGUGGAGCUGCACAGUGGGCUUGUUUCUCUUCGUCAUUUGCUUGUUGGGCGCUGCGGCGGUAUUCGUAUUCACCGGGUUCGCAUGGCACAAGUCUCUGCGGCCAUACGUGCGUCUUCUCUACCAAUUGGGCAAGUACUGGUUCCAUCCGUUCGGCAAGUUUGUGCUCCUCAACAAGGACGAGAACUACCUCGAUGAGGAUGAGAUGGAUGGCAGAUCCAUCUCGGAGUUUCACCAAUGGAGAUUGGAGGAGGAAGGCCGGUUGUUCUUCGCCCCUCCGCGCCGUAUGACCAACAGUGCAGACUCCAAGCCUCUUUUGAAGGAUCACAAGGGACGCCCCUGGAGAGAAGCGUAUGCUGCUUUGGGUGAGGGCCAGAGUACUGGCGACCCAGCCCUCAUGGAAGACAACGGCGCUGUAGACGAUGACGAUAACGACAACAACGACAUCAAGGUGCGUUUUUUCGGAAGAGGACGUUGGUCUUUGGGAAGAAUCUUGUUCUAUUUGUUCUUCUACGGGAUCUUGCAGCCUAUUCUGUACACAAUCGCCGCAAUCUGUUGGUUGUUUGUCUUUACCAUUCCAAUGUUCAACUUGAACUCUAUUUUGUGCGACCAUUUGCGAAGAAGACCCUUGGCGCUUUACUUUGAGCAGGAGAAGGAGUACUACAAAAAAAUUAGCGACCCGAAACAGAAAAAGAAGUUGCGGAACCAGUCCAUCAUUCUCUGCACAUAUAGAUGUUGUGGGUUGCAUUACUACAAGUACACCCUUGGCGGUACCAACAUUUUCUUCAUCAAUUUGCUUCUGGUGGUCGCAUUUGUGAUCCUGGACUACUACAUUUUGAAAGAGGUCUUGGACUUGAAAGAGUGGUACACGGAUUCCUCGUUCUUGUUCUGCGGCUGUUUGUUCUCUAUCAUUCCUUUGGCUUACUUCAUCGGUCAAGCCGUUGCUUCCAUUUCGGCGCAGUCUUCAAUGGGAGUCGGUGCUGUCAUCAACGCCUUCUUCUCAACGGUCGUCGAGAUUUUCUUGUAUUGUGUGGCCUUGAACCAGUCGAAAGGAAAGUUGGUGGAAGGAUCGAUGAUUGGAUCCAUUUUGGGAGGUGUUCUUCUCCUUCCCGGUCUCUCGAUGUGCGGCGGUGCCUUGAAACGGAAAACGCAACGGUACAACCCAAGAUCCGCCGGUGUAUCAUCCACAAUGUUGCUUUUUGCGAUGGUGACGAUGUUCACGCCUUCCUUGUUCUACCAGUUGUAUGGCUCAUACGAACUCAGAUGUAAGGAUUGCGUCUACAAGGCUCAUGGCAAGAGCGAGGGCUGCACCACCUGUCAAUUCAUUCAGCCUUCGCUUGUUCUCGACAAAUUGUACUACCAAGUGCUUCGCCCAUACUCGUUGUUUGUGGCAAUUGCUUUGUUUGUUGCAUACAUCGUUGGUCUUUAUUUCACUUUGAAGACACACGCGUCUUUGAUCUGGGCUACGAAUUCCCACGAGUUGGCAGCGGCACAAACCAGGAAAGACAACUACAUCCGCUCUCCCAGUGUGAUCAGCCUCGAUGUCGCCUAUAAGGCAGGACGUGCUGGUAGAACUUGCGAGGAGCAGCCUCAAACUGAUACUCCCUUACGCCCUGGAUCUGGCGCCAUGACUCCAACGACAAGACAGGACCUUAAGAAAUUACCUCUGACGUCUAAGAACUUGGGAGUGCCCCGUAAUAACUCCAUUACCAAAUCCAAGGACGAAUAUGGUAUGGAGGAUGAGGCUGAUGGCGGCCACGAUGCGCCUAAUUGGUCCAAUACACAAUCGUAUGUGAUUCUUCUUGGCGCCACGUUGCUUUAUGCGAUCAUUGCGGAGAUCUUGGUCAACAAUGUGGACGCUGUGCUUUCUCAUUACCCCAUCAAUCCCAAAUUUCUCGGUUUGACUGUGUUCGCCUUGGUGCCCAACACCACCGAAUUCGUCAACGCCAUAUCAUUUGCAGUGGGCGGAAACGUUGCGUUAUCGAUGGAAAUCGGUAGUGCGUACGCCUUGCAGGUUGUUUUAAUUCAAAUCCCAUCCUUGGUGGUCUACUCCAUCUACAAAAACUUCGAGUCUGUCGACUCCAUCUUCUCCCUUAUCUUUCCUCGGUGGGACGUGGUGGCCACCUUGGUAUCGAUCUAUCUCUUCACGUACAUCUACGCCGAGGGCAAGUCCAACUAUUUCAAGGGUGUCAUUUUGAUAUUGAUCUACAUUGUUGUUUUGGUUGGCUUUUACUUGGACGACGUUGUUGCGGCAUUGGAACCCAGUCUGAGCGCCGACUUUUUAGCUCGUAUCUUGUCAAAAUAA